AACGCCACGGCGACGCCUCUCCCAGCCGCGCCCCCCGCGUUGCCUAGGCGACGGAGACGCGCGCGAGAGAAGGAGCCCCGCCCCGCCAUGCAGUACACGGGUAGCUUCUACCGCGGGCAGCGCGUCAACGGCAGGUUGGAAGGGACGGGGACGUACACCCUCCCCACCGACACCAAGUACGAGGGCGAGAUGAAGGACGGGAUGUUCCACGGGAAAGGAACUCUGUAUUUCCCCAGCGGAAGCAAAUACGAAGGGACUUGGGACAAAGGCAUCUGUGUGGAGGGGAAAUACACCUUUUCUGAUGGUUUGGAAUACAAAGACAAUAAGUGGCAUUACUGUGACGGCUACGACCGGAGGUUUUACACCGAGAUCUGCAACGGCCUGAAGCCGGCAGGGAUCUCCCAGCUGACCAACCUGGAUCCCCCGCGGCAGAUCCCGCACGGCUGCUACGACUGCGGAGACGGUUUCUACAACCCCAACACCAGAGUGGUGGUGGAUUACCGGCACCGCUUCCUGAGGAAUGCAGAUGACGAUGAGCACGACUGGAUUGUGAAGACUUGCCGGAAAGGCUGGGAUGAAUGCGUUGGCUUCAAGCCGAAGGCCAAGGACGGGAGCCCGGCUGAGGAGUCUCAAAGCAAAGAAAAGGGAACCGGUCUUCCGUGAUGUCAGUGCCUGCACCUCGACUCGACUCGACUUUAUUUAUUACACAAAUAAGACAUUUUACAAAGCACGACAACGAAAGGGAGCUAAUAAAACAAACAUUGGUUUUGAC